AUCAUCGCCCGCGCCUCCACCUUCGCCGCCGACGAGCCAUCCUCCACCUUCGCCGCCGACGAGCCAUCCUCCGCCUCUGCCUCUUCCGCCUGAAUAAGCGGUUAUUAAAGGGACACGUCCGCUCCCUCUGUUCUUCGAUCUUUGGAGGCAACAGUGAUCAAGAGAUCUCAGGGCUUGACGAAGUUGUCUGGAAACCCAUCACGAAGCAGAUCACGUAGAAUUAUACAGCGCGGGGACCUACAUCGUCAAGUGAGAGAGCGUAGGAGAGAUCUUGAAUCUACUCAUGUUGCUACAUCUGUACCUAUCAUUGGAGAGUUUACUCCAGUCAGAGUGCCUGGAGUUCUACAUUAAUUCCCAUGGUUUCUACCGAACUACUACCAACCAGAGCCUAUAUCUACUCCUUUGCAAAUUUGGCAACCUAGCACCUUUAUGUCAAAUUUGUAUGCGUUGUAGUUGGUUUCUACUUACAGAUGUAGAUGCAAAUCGACAAACGCCUACAAACCUAAAUGAUUUACAGACGACCCCCCUUUCGCAUUCCAUACCUUCUGGACAAUCAUCAGCUGCAUCUACAUCUGCACCGGCAUGUGUUCCAAAACACUCUUUUAAUCUUCGUCCUAGUCGUUCUCGGAAACAUGCGGAGCAACAAGGCGAUGGAGUGCAAUCGCGAUCCUCUGUUCCCACUCGAGGCCCCAAUACUUCCCAUAAGCUUAAGCCCGAUGCUGAAAAAGGUGAGAAGGCAUGGCCUCUGUUCCUCAAUAAUAGGGGUCGCCCCAUUGGUGAUUAUGCUGAGAAAUGGGGAAAGUAUGUGGGGACGGAGAGUCGUGUGUACUGCAAAUAUCCUCUUCAUUUAGAAUGGGGUGAUGAACAUAAUAGGUCGUUUGACGAGUUCUUUAUAAGAUGCCAGAAGGAUUAUGAGUUUCUCCCUAUGGAUCCUAAUCAACCUCUCUCCCAUCAUAUUAUUUAUCGAGGAAUGAAGUCUCAGCUACAGGAGAUGGUUCGCUAUAAUAGGUGUCAGGUAAAACAUGAGUGUUUUGAGGUGUGGAAAAAUACUCCCGAAGCAGAGAGGGAGGCUCUCUGGCUUACUCCGGCGUUUUCUUGGAUUGAUAGAGACUCGUGGACUAAUUUGUGUGCAUAUUAUGAUGCAGAGGACAAGAAGGAGGAGGCACGACGUAAUGCACAGAAUCGAGCGUCAAAUUUGCAUGGUAGAGCAACCGAUACAAGUGGCUCGAGGAAUAUGUGCUGGGCUAUGGAACAAUUGGAGCGGGUCAUCGAGAAGGCAACCUCAUCAGGGGUCGGUUCAACCCCAGAGGACGAUGCACUUUCCUUCACCCAGAUGUUAGAUUCCUUGCACGGAGGGCAUCACGGUUGUUAUGAAAGAGGUUUGGGCAUUGGUGUCACUCGGUCUUAUUUGAGGGCCUCCUCUAUACCAGAAAUCGGCACUUCUAAUCAAGAGCUACGUCGCGAGGUUGCUGAUCUUAGAGCUCGGGUAGCUGAGAUGGACAGUCUCAGGGAGGAGCUUAGGUCUCAGAUGCAUUGGAUUAAUAACAAUAUGGUUAAUUCUUCGGGUGCUUGUCCUGCUCCCACUCCUAAUGAUCCACCAUCAUUUACUCGGCCUGGUCUAAUUCCUCAGCCCGCUGCCGAUAUACGACAUUCUGCUCGUCCUGCUUCAGCUACUAACACUUCUACUUCCAGUACUCAAGGUUUAUCGCAAGAGAACCUUGUUAGGAUAUUUGCAUACUUGAGGCGUUCGGGUUUGUCACAGGAGGACAUUCUUCGAGGAAUUUCUUCUGUUCCUUGACUGGAUUGAUUAGGCCACUUCUAAUUUUAUUUUGGACAUUUGAGACAUUUUGGAUGUUAGAGACACGUAUAUAAUAUUAGAUGCUUUUCAUUGUGAGAUAUUAAGUAAUCAUUGCGUAUGUAUAUGUUUCGUCUCUAAUAUUGAAUAUUGAGUAAUUAUUAAGUAAUCAUUGGAUA